AUAGCACUGAUGGUGAGCCGGGUCGCACUAGUGAGUCUGGUCGGACUCGUGUGCUUGACCUUCUUGACGUUUUAUGUCACUAUGGCCAACCGUGCAGGCAAAAGCACAAAGAAGCCAGCAAUGACGUCAGAAACGUUUUCGGCCGAAGAAUCGAAAGGAGGCAGCGUCACUAUGGCCAACCAUAGUGGCAACUCAAGAAAGUCCACAGGAGGUAACGUCACUGUUGGAAACGGUGCUGGCAACUCAAUUACAAAGAUGUCAGACGAUACCGUGGCCAACGUUGCAGGUGCCGAGCAUGGCAAGACGUUGCGAGCGGCUGUGAUGAUUAUCGGACAUGCAAGAUCUCUCGUUUGGGACAUGGUAUGUCACAACAUUAAGAUCCGGCUUGUAGAUGCAUUGGCAAAACCACCGACAGAUUCAGAGAGUGCCGAAUCGGUGCAGUGGCAAGUGGACGUUUUUCUCUUUCUGUCGCUGAAUGAUAAGGACUCUCGAAGAACCCCGGGUAGGUUGAAACAAGUGUAUCAAGGUCCCGGCAUAUUGCAACCAUGUAUCAAAAAGCUGAAACCUGUCCAUGUGGAGUUCAUGCCACCGAUCUACAAACCUCCAGAGAAGCAUGGGUGUAGCAAGGGACAUGAACCGGAAUACAUCGCUCAGAGCAAAGGCAAGUUUUUGCAGGAGAAGGGUUUCCCUCAACGUCUUUUCUCGCAAUGCAAGCGUGUGGACAUUGCACAAGAUUACAUUUUGAGCACUUUUGAUCCCCGUUUCCGUCGAGACUAUGCAGCUUUUGUGAAAACAAGACCAGACGCUGUCUAUCUGACAGAGCUUCCCCCUUUGUGGAGCUUCAACCUCUCCAGAAUUACAGAGGCAGCCGGAGCAUACCCUGAUGCCUUUGUGCUCGUCCCAAGGGGUUGCCAUGUAUGGCCUCCGGAAUGUCUUUCAUGUAAGAACACUGCUGCCCCGCGCUGCAACCGCACCAUGGACCGUGAUUAUGAUCCACGAGUGCAUCCGGUUCUGGCACGCGCCGUCGAAAGAAACUAUUUCAAUCGGAUCCAUCCGAAACUUCCUGAAGAGCAAACGUCCAGAAUAGAUCGGUUUGGCUUUCUAAAUUUGGAGUGUCGACGGUGGAAAGGUCUGAUGCUGAAGCACACACCAGAGCAGUGGCCGGGCAUCCAACUGUGCGAAGAAGAAGCCAAGAAAUUUCUUCAGGCAAAUCCUCCAGAAGAUCCGGAAAGUUGAUAUCUUUUGCUUAUGAUCCUUAAGGCAUGGCAUAGCUUGAAGAUGCUUGAAGUGCAUUCAUCAGCUGAUUAGGAUCAGCUGAUUAGCACUCCCUGCGUUUUGAUUCCAGUCACAAAGUGAUUAGGGCCUGCGGGUAGGAUCCAGUUCGCUUGGUUGGAAACAAAA